UUUCCUUUCUCAGUACCUAACUUAGAAACAGAAAAAAAGAAAGAAGAAAAAACCUUCUAGUGUGUGUCUGUGUGUGAAAAAAAUGGCAGAAAACAAAGAAGAAGAUGUGAAUCUUGGAGCAAACAAAUACAGAGAAACACAACCAUUAGGAACAGCAGCACAAACAGAAAAUAAAGAUUAUGUUGAACCACCACCAGCACCAUUAUUUGAACCUGGUGAAUUAUCAUCUUGGUCAUUUUACAGAGCUGGAAUUGCAGAAUUUAUGGCCACUUUCUUGUUUUUGUAUAUUACAAUCUUGACUGUAAUGGGACUUAAAAGAUCAGAUAGUUUGUGUUCUUCUGUUGGUAUUCAAGGUGUUGCUUGGGCUUUUGGUGGUAUGAUCUUUGCUCUUGUUUACUGUACUGCUGGUAUCUCAGGAGGCCACAUUAAUCCAGCUGUGACCUUUGGUCUAUUCUUAGCAAGGAAACUUUCCUUAACCAGGGCAGUAUUCUACAUGGUAAUGCAAUGCCUUGGUGCUAUUUGUGGUGCUGGUGUUGUUAAAGGUUUCAUGAAAGGUCCAUACCAAAGACUUGGUGGUGGUGCCAAUGUGGUUAACCCUGGCUAUACUAAAGGUGAUGGACUUGGUGCUGAAAUUAUUGGUACUUUUGUUCUUGUUUACACUGUUUUCUCUGCUACUGAUGCCAAGAGAAAUGCCAGAGAUUCACAUGUUCCUAUUUUGGCACCUCUUCCUAUUGGAUUUGCUGUGUUCUUGGUUCAUUUGGCCACCAUCCCAAUUACUGGAACUGGCAUCAACCCUGCCAGGAGUCUUGGAGCUGCUAUUAUCUUCAACAAAAAACAGGCAUGGGAUGACCAUUGGAUCUUCUGGGUUGGACCAUUCAUUGGAGCUGCUCUUGCUGCAGUUUAUCACCAAAUAAUUAUCAGAGCCAUUCCAUUCAAGAGCAAGGCUUAAGAUUCUCCUGCCAUUUGCCUUUUUCAAGACUCUGUAUUCCAUUUUCUUCUCUUGCUGGUGUCUGUCAAAUGUGUAAUUUCUUCUAUUAAGAUGUCAAUUAUGUGAAUAAAUUAUCAAGUUGUAUCUAAAAGCUUUGUCAAUGAAUGAAUUUCUAUCUUA